AUGUACCCACCACAUCGUAGCUGCUACGUGUCGCCCUACCUUUGCCAACCAGCUUUUCACGCCGCUCUUCCAAGUUACCCUUCAGGAUUCUACCCACAAUGGGGAAGAAAUGGCUUCCCUUUAAAUUACCAUGGCGCAGGAAUUUUCUUCCGCGAUCAGGAGCCACUCCCCAAGCCACCGUACUCGUACGUUGCGCUUAUCUCCAUGGCCAUUAAACAGGCCCCAAAUGGGAAAAUUACCUUGAGCGGGAUUUAUCAGUUUAUCACAGAAAAUUUCCCGUACUACCGCCUGAACAAACGCGGCUGGCAAAACAGUAUUCGCCAUAACUUGUCGUUAAAUAAGUGCUUCGUGAAGAUACCUCGUGAACGCUCCGAUCCAGGGAAAGGAUGUUAUUGGAGUCUUGACCCAUCUUACGAGGAAAUGUUCGAGGAAGGGAACUUUCGAAGACGGCGAAGACGACAAAGAAAUAAUCGUGGAAAGGGUGACGACGAAGACGACGAAGAUGAACUCGACGCUAUAGGCACCACAGAAAUGAGUGCAGAGUCGAAGACACUAAGCGAGCAAGCGCAAGAACCUGACAUUAAAAGAGCACUUGUUCAGGGAGAUGAACACAAAGCCUCUGAUUCAAACAGUACUGGAGGCUUUCCUGCCAAAGAAGCAAACGAAACUAAAAAACAGAAGCUUGAUUCAACAGAUAAGACCACAAAGGCAGAGAUGGACGGUGACUCGCAUCACGAGACAAACUGGGAAACAGUCUCGCAUCCUUUUAGUAUCGACAACAUCUUAGGAAACAAGAAGAGGAGAAAAGGACUGUCGAUACAAAUCGAUGAGCCAUCUUUAAAAGUUCAUAAAGGAGCUUUAGUAAAAGUUCAGACAGCAAGCGCAGGCAGUACACAGAUGAGGCCAGAUGCUGGAAAAAUGACGGGUCUUUGCGAAAUGCAAUGUCCUGUCACAAGAUUGAGCGUUCAGUCCAGUGAAUCUUUUAGCAUUCCAAAGCAGGCAUUUUGCAACGCUUGUUCGGCUUUCAGCCGAGAUUGUUCAGGAAAAAACUGUUCUAAUUCUGCUCUAACAACCUACGGUUCGUAUUGGACAGCUUCUAACCCCGGAGGACUAUAUUCACAAUGUAACUGUUUUAGCUGCCGGCCCGCUUUCAGCCAUAAAAUUUGAAACAAAACGGACAUGGCAAGCUUAUAAUUAGUGAAUGAGAUUACGAACAUUGUUCACCACUGAACAAAACCACAUAACUAGAUCAUAGAUCUUUAAUUACAGACCAGGUGAAUGUUUUAAUGUCAUCUAAACGAACUGUUACAAUUAUGUUAUUUUAUUUCUAAUUGGCAAAGUCCGCUGUUUAAAAUACGAAAGAUAUCGAUAUGUGUUUGUAAAGAGUAGAUUAGGCGUAUCGUGCUGGAGAAAGUUUGGGUUUAUUGGGAAAUAUUCCAAAGGCCUUGAAAGGUCGAGAGCUUGAGUUGGCAUGUAUUUAAGAUCAAUUAUAUAAAAUACUCAUAACUUCAAAGUGUAUAAGCAGAGGAAUAAAGUGAUAAGAUCUAAAAAAAUGAAGGAUUUGACUGUUUCUUUCUUUCGUACUAAUUGGUCUUGAAAAGUACUUGAAAGUGAAUUUGGUUUACAAAAAUGCAGAGAAAAAACUUAUUUCAUUCACUGCUGACCAAAGUAUAGUUCUGGCCAAGAAAUUCUCAACCGUUACUUCAAAGAAAUGAAAAAUAGCUUGAAAAUAGACUAAAUUAUAGCUCACAAAAUUGAAAAAAUCAGGGAGAAAAGUUUCUUUUAUUUUGUUGAAAGGUAUGUGAGGUGUGUCUCCUAGGUCUUCUGACCUCUUGGGUGCCGUCAGUCACUCUGUUGGUUUACUCGUACGAUAAUAUCCCCCAAUCGCAUCAGCUGUGCAUGUCUGUAUAGGGCGAUUUAGAGCUACAAAAUAAACAUUUUCUUUGCUAUUUGUGACCGUUUCGCGUGGGCUGUAAAUAUUGAUAAGAGAGACGAAUAAACAAAUAUCUCUGCUUUUUUGAAGGAAAGUAAGGAGGGUGACGCAGGAUCUUAUUUUAAGGAAGCAAAAAAGUGUAGGAAAAUGAAUUAAACAAAUGUUUGGUUUACAAAAAUAACGGACAAACCCAUGGAAAGAAAUGUAAUCACCGUUGGAUACAAUUGUGGCUUGCGAUUUCCUUGGCCAUUUCCGGGGUGCAAAAUUGUUAUUUCAGGAACUAAAUUAACAAGCAAAAUUGAAUUUUUACUGUUUUUCUCUGGCUUUUUUUCUAGUGCGGACAUAUUUCUUGUAAUUUUACUAAAAGCUUUUCUCGGCUUUGAUAAAUUCGAACCUGCGUUUGCUCUCCAUGUGUCCUACUAUCAAACUGUUUCGUAAACAUUUUAUUUCAACAAUUGCCUGACCGAAAAACUCAGCAUUUAGCAAAGAGGUUUAGCACUUUUAAACUGCUUAGAUGUUAUUAUUUUAGCUGUUGGGCGCGCGCUUUUUCUGCCUUCGAAAUGCUCACUGUCAAAUCAGUUGGGUCUAUAGCCAGCCGCGGGGGUUUUAAUAAAAGAGCCUCUGCGGGAUUAAAACCCUGAAUGAAAAGGUUUAAAUUAGAUUGUCGGUUUAUACUUUCGAGCCUUUGUCAAACCCGCGACACCUGUUUUCGAGGAAUGCGGCUCAAGUGUAAACCAAGAGCAAGAAUUGGUUUCAGACAACAGAAAUCGUUUAAAGAUCUCAAAAUUUCAUUUUGACUUCGAUAAUUCUCUCAAACAAUUAAACAGCUAAUGGAAGAAAAAACUAAAUUUCCAACUGAAAUCCGCUUACUAGAGCAAAGUCCCUGUAAAAACAAGAAACUCGUUGGACAUGAUCUGGGGGUUUGUAAAAACAUGGCAACUGGGUCACUUUGAAUCAGGAAUUAAUCAGCGAGAAUUUCCUAGAAAGCCAAAUUAUUUCACUGCCAUUUUCCUCCAUGUAAUUCCUGUCAUUAUUAUUAACAUGGAAAUGUGAUUUAUUCAGUGCACCAUGACCUGAAGAUCAGAUAUAUUCCUAUUUCUUUACAUAGUAUAUUGUUCAAUGUAAGCUGCUUAGAGCCUUGCAAGAUCCACGUCAUUUUUCACAUUCUAUUUUGACAAAUUAUUUUCCAUGGUUUUUCUUCUGAAAGAGCUCAUGAGGUAAAAAUUUCAAACAGCUUUGUAGUAUAGUUUUAAAAGGGGUUGGAAAAACAAAAGCAAAGUGAAAGAAAUUUUGUACGACUUUCCUUCUAUGAUGUCGGUUAAACUCUAUCAUAUUUGAUGGAAAGGAAUUAACGGUUACAGGCAUAGUUACCAAACCUUUAGUACCGGUCUUCUUAAGCGAUAUAAGACAAUUAUUCAUUGAGAUGGCGUUUAAACACAAUGGUUUACUGAGAUUAUGUGACUGAAUAUGGAGAAUAUUGUCACGAAUGAUAAAUUUAACGUAUCAGUAAUUGUGCCGGAAUCUAAAUGAAGAAGACUUGAAAUCAGAUGAAACAAGGAAAUGGGAAUUUAUUUUAAUUUGUUAUCUUUUAUUCGAUUCAAAGUACAGCUACUUACCUGAGCAUGCUGCUCUAUUAGCUACUACAUGUAUUAUCAAUAGACGCCUAGCUUGUUCAGUUUAUACUUCCAAAUUUGCGUGCCUUUCUACCGAGGUUCAGUUACUACAAGCAACAAACAAGUUACGACUAAAGAACACAACUGAAGAGGGUGAAUUGAGUUCGACGUUGGAUUCCUCGUCCAUAGGGGUAUGUUGCCCACAUAGUAACGUGGUUAAAUAAAAUUUUUAAGCUCAUCGACGCGAAAUAUUACAACUAAAAAAUGUCUUCGUAAAUGACUGAAAAACCAGACAAAUUAAAAACAAGAUUAAAGGAUUAGAUUUUCUAACUCUUCCUUUCAAAACGCGUUACCAAUUACAUUAUCUAACAACCCUUUGCAGAAAAGCUGUAAUAAAAAUAUUCACAAGCAUUCGAACCCUUGGGUUUGAUUAAACCCUGGUCUUUGUUGUUUACUUUACAAAACGGCUUUUCCGCCUCUUGCCACAAAUUAAAUAAUGGUCUCGCAACAAAAGUAAGGUAGUAAAGAAAAUGAAUAUUUUUUUAGCCAUGAAAUUAAACCGUCCAUACGUAUUUCAAACCGGUGUUUCGCUGAAUUCUUGACGAUGUGACAUGAAUAUUCUUGAAUCGUCAAAAUCUUCAGGUUUGAUCAUAGUUCAAGGAUGAGGUAGAAAAAGCUUUAGAUAUGUACUAUGUACAGACUUUAAGACUUUUUAUACUGACACAGGAAGAUAUUUUGGAACUUCACCUCACCUACGAAGUGUUGUAGGAUGGUUUGAAAUACUGAACCACUGGCUCGAGUGAAACCAUGGUUGUUGAAACAAAAAGCAACUCGAUAAGUUUGUUCAAUAAAUGAGUGAUUUUAUCGUGGUUAUACAGCACUGUUAUUUCUGUAAACAUUCAGUUAAAAUGUCAUACGAGCUGUUUUUAAAGAUUUUUUUAACUAUGGCCUUUCAUAUUUUUUUGCAGUCUGUUCGUCCCUUAGUGAACGUUCAGGGUGGCGUUUCAUGGUUUUCAGCUUGUUCCUUCAGUGAUAACCCAUUUUCCUGUUUGGUUUUCGUUCAUGUUUUUGAGGUUUCAGGCCACCCCGAACCAUCUGGGUGUAUCAGGAAACAAGCCGGGACGUUCCCCCAUAAAAAAGGCUGUUUUUGACACAGUAGUAAACUUUCCGCUGUCAAAACUGAUUGAGCCAAGUUGGAUCUGGAAGGGUGGACGUGACAUUCCUACAUUAGCGAUGCGAUACUCGAUUCUCGUAAUAGUUUUCAAAACAGGGCGAGGCAGUUCUUUCUAUUCACUUUCCUUGAGGUAAUUGCUUCGCAGGAAAAAAACAACAUUAGCAACUGAUUCACGACGGUAAAUUAUUUGUUCUGUGACAUGUUUUUCUAACCUGGAGAGUGCAUGAAUUUUGCGAUGAUUUUGCUGAUUUGAAUUGAUUGCCCUCAUCUUCCUUUUAAAGACGGAAGAUGGGGAGAACUGUUGUAAAAGUACUGGGCUUUGUCCUCAUUUUUUCCUAACCUGAAAAAAUAAUUCUGCCAUAAAUAUUUUAUUAUGAUCCAAAUUGACGUUUGUUUCAUUUGUUUACAGCUCAGAGACCCAGACAACAGGUUGAGCUAUGCUAGAGUGAUCUUAAAAAGUGACGGUCUAAGAUGGGCCAGCACUUACAGUCAGUCAUACAACUCAGUUUCCAUAAAACACCGAAAGACAAAGUUGUUGUAAAAGUUCGCAAUACGUCGGAUUAUUAUCUGCAUUUUAGUAAGAGCCUGUCAUUUAUUGCAUAUAAGAGUAAAAGAAAUCCUAAAGAUGAAAGAUAAAAUCAGACAGCAUUUGACAUUUUGGAUCAGAAGCUGAGAUUGAGUGCAGUAAACGAAUGCCUCAAGACUACAAGUUCAUUUUCAAACGCCAGUCAACACGGAUUAGGUCGGCCCCAGGAACAUGGGCUCCUGAUCACGAACCCGCCUGUUUCAGCCAUGAGCUUCGAAUACCUUUUGGGUCUAGCAAUUGUUAUUUUCUUGAGAAAUUAAAAGACCUACGCCUUCUAGCGCUUCUCAAAAUUGCAGGAAUAACGCCCAAGACCUUGGCUGUUUUAAAGCUGUCUACUCUUGGGCCCGAGCGUGCUAUCGGGAAUCUUGCGAUUUGA